AUGACCAAUAAGAGCAUCCUCUCGAUCCUGUCACACGUGGCGCAUGGCUACGUGGGCAACAGGGCUACUGUGUUUCCACUCCAGUACUGUGGAUGGGACGUGGACGGCGUCAACACCACCAACUUCUCCAACCAUCCUGGCUAUGGACGGUUUGCUGGCAGCGCCAGCUCCCCCCACUUGGUGGAUGAGCUUCUUCAGGGGUUGAAGGAGAUUGGUAACUUCAACGAGGUGUACAGCUUGAUUUUAACGGGCUACACUCCCAGCGCUGGCGCCAUGCAGGUAAUCUACGACCACUUGAUUCCGGUGUACGCUCAGCAAGGGGCCAAGCACCCCGCAUGGAUCGUGGACCCAGUACUAGGCGACAACGGACGCCUCUACGUACCUGAAGACGUGGUUCCCAUGUACAAAAAGUACUUUGGCUCCGGACAUGUGUCGUUGAUCACCCCCAACCAGUUCGAGUUCGAGGUGCUUAGUGACACCAAGCUCAGUGACUGGUCGGACGUACGAUCUGCGCUCGUCGAGUUUCACCGCCAGUACCACAUUCCCUAUGUGGUGAUCUCGUCGGUGGUCAUCGACGGUGAGAUGUACUCGGUUGGGUUUGCGGCUGGCUCCAAGGACAAACCGUCCAUCUUCUACUUCCCCGUGCCCCAGAUCGACUGCAGCUUCAACGGAUGCGGUGACUUGUUCACGGCACUCGUGGCCAAUGCCUUCUACAACAACAACCGGGUGCUUGGUCCGGAGGUGCUUGCGGAAGUAUUGCCCAAGCUCGCCAAGAUCCUCCGCCACAGCUACGACGCCGAGCUUGCGGCUACUGGCCAACCUCCAUCCGUGGUACGGGACAUCCGUGUGGUGUCCCUGAGACACCACCUUUUGGAGCCGGCUGGCGAUGGCUCCUUAGUUAAAUUCCUAGACUAG